UCAUUUAUUCUGGUGUGCAACAAUUUGUGAUCAUUUCUUUGAGAUAAAUCCAUUUUUGAGUUUUGUUUUGUUUUGUUUUGUUUACAUUCUUGAUAUAUCUGGUAUUUUGAAACAAUCUUUCCACCACACACCUGAAUGGAUUCAAAUUCCAUAGAGAUUCCAUCGACAAAACAACAACAACAACAAUCGAAUUGUUCACAUGUUCGAAAUAUUUGUGUUUUAGCUCAUGUUGAUCAUGGAAAAACUACUCUGGUCGAUUGUUUAUUGGCCAGCAAUCAUAUCAUUUCACAACGUAUGGCAGGAAAAUUACGUUAUAUGGAUUCACGGCCAGAUGAACAACAACGUGGUAUUACAAUGAAAAGUUCAUCCAUUUCAUUGGUUUUUAAAUAUACACCUACUGAUCAGAAAAAUCAUCUAAUAAAUGUUAUCGAUAGUCCUGGACACGUGGAUUUUUUCGGUGAAGUUUCCACUGCAUUACGAAUCUGUGAUGGUUGUGUAAUUAUUGUCGAUGUUAUUGAAGGUGUUUGUGCCCAAACACGUGCUGCAUUACAACAAGCAUGGUUAGCUCGUGUUCGUCCAAUUCUUGUGCUGAAUAAAAUUGAUCGAUUAUUUGUGGAAAAGAAGCUAUCACCAUUAGAUAUUCAUAUACAACUCACACAAACAUUGGAACAAGUCAAUGCAUUCAUAGGAGAAUUAUUUGCAUCUGAAGUAUUGGCCAAAAUAAACGCCACUCUCGAUCAUCAUGAACAGCAAAAAUCAUCCGAUGAAAAGCCAGAGCAAGCGACGACGACUACAGAAAAACAAAUGUCAAAGAAACAAAUAUUUUAUGACUGGUCUUCUGGUCUGGAUGAUAUUGAUGAUUCUGGUGUAUAUUUUUCUCCAGAAAAUGGUAAUGUCCUGUUCGCUAGUGCCAUCGAUGGUUGGGGUUUCACUAUUGGUGAUUUUGCACGAAUAUUAUCCACGAAAUUAGGUUUCAGUAUCAACACAUUGACCAAAACAUUAUGGGGUGAUUUCUAUCUGAAUGGCCGUGAAAAACGUAUUCAAAAAGGAGCACAAUCCAAAGCAAAGAAACCAUUAUUUGUUACAUUUGUAUUGGAAAAUUUAGCAAAAAUUUAUGAAAAAUUCCUAAUGGAUCAUGAUAAAUUGGAAAUGAUAAAAAUAGCCGAAUCAUUGAAUAUUACAUUGGAAACACGUGAUUUAGAACGUUCUGAUCAUCGUCAAACAUUGAUGCAAUUAUUUAAUCAAUGGAUACCAUUAUCACAAUCAUUAUUACGAAUUGUCUGUGAUAUUGUACCGGCACCAUGUGAUAUUAAUGAAGAACGUGUUGAACGUUUCAUCACUGCUAAUCAAACUAGACGUUUCGAUAGUUUACCAUUGCAAACACAAAUGUUGAAACAAGCAUUUCUAGAUUGUCGUGGACGGCAAUCAUCUGAUGAUGAUAAUGUUCCUCUUAUAGCAUAUGUAACAAAAAUGUUUUCCUAUCCACAAGAAUCACUGCCACAAUUUCGUAUUAAACCAUUAACACGUGAAGAAAUUGUUCAACGUCGUGAAGAAAAUGAAGAAAAAGAACAAGAACAAUCUAGCCCAUUGGACAAGCAUGAAAAUGAAAAUUCUAUCGACGAAGAAAAACAGGAAAAAGUAACAUUUAUUGGUUUUGCAAGAAUAUUCAGUGGAACACUGAGACGAAAUGAUUUUGUUUAUGUUUUAGGACCAAAACAUGAUCCCACCCGUAUUACAACAGAAAUGAUUGAAGAAAUUGAACAUGGUCAAUUAACAUUGGCGAAUCUACGUUCUGAUCAACAUGUAACAAAAGUUCAGGUGAAAGAAUUAUAUCUAUUAAUGGGUCGUGAUCUAGAAUCAGUGGAUGAAGUCAAUGCUGGUCAUAUUUGUGGUAUUGGAAAUCUACAAUCACAUGUUUUGAAAUCAGCAACACUAUCAUCAACCAUUUAUUGUCCACCAUUCAUUGAUAAUAUAUCAAAAAUAUCAAUAUUACGUGUGGCUGUAGAACCAAAAAAUCCUCAAGAUAUCGUCCAUUUAACACAAGCAUUACGUAUGUUAAAUCAAUCUGAUCCAUGUGUUGAUGUUAAAAUACAAGAAACUGGUGAACAUGUGAUCAUUACUACUGGUGAAGUACAUCUAGAACGAUGUAUUGUAGAUCUAGUCAAUUUCUUGGGCGAAGAAAUUGAAUUCAAUAUUUCUGAUCCAAUUGUACCGUUUCGUGAAACAAUUGUUGAACCACCUAAAGUUGAUACACUAAAUGAAGCACUAUCUGAUCAAAAAUUGACAGCUAUAACAACAACAUCAUCAACAACAACAACGAACAAUAAUUGUAGUUAUAAUAGUAACAAGAAAAUUUGUGAAUAUAUUGAACAAAUGACACCGAAUAAAAAAUUCAUAUUUCGAAUACGUGCUAAACCAUUACCGGAACAAGUAGUGGAAACACUUGAAAAUGCACGCGAUUUAUUAAUUCAAAUGAUGCAAUUUGAAAGAAAAAAUGUUUUAGCCGAUGAUACAAACGUCAAUCAUCAAAUCAUUGUUGAUUCUAAUGAAAUAUUUACUGUUGAUUUACGUGAAGAAAUGAAUAAACUAUGCAAGAAACUUGAACAACAAUUUCAAGAUGCAAAUGAUUGGCCAUCGGAUACAUUCGAUAAGAUAUGGUCAUUGGGACCAAAAUUUUAUGGAUCAAAUUUAUUGAUUAAUCGACUGAAAGAUUUUAAUCAUCGAAAAUGUUUUCCACAACAUCAGCUUCAGCAGCAGCAGCAAGAAUCCAAAUGUCCAUCGAAUCAUCAUGAUAUACGUUAUACAUAUGAAAAUAGUUUUAUUAAUGGUUUCCAAUUAUGUACACAAUCUGGUCCCUUGUGUGAUGAACCAAUGAUGGGUGUUGGUUUCAUAGUUGAAGAAUGGAAAUCACUUGAAGAUGAUCAUAGCAAUGAUGAAACAUCAACAACAACAAGUGAUCCAUUUGGUCCAAUUAGUGGACAGAUAAUGUCAACUGUGAAAGAAAUUUGUCGCCGCGCAUUUCAAAUACAACCACAACGUCUUAUGGCCGCAAUGUUUUCCUGUAUCAUACAAAUUGAUAGCGAUGCUUUGGGUAAAAUGUACGCCGUAAUUGGACGUAGAAAUGGCCGUAUAUUACAUGCCGAUGUACAGGAAGGAUCACAAAUAUUUACCGUAAAUGCUGUACUGCCUGUUAUUGAAAGUUUUAAUUUUGUUAAUGAAAUACGUAAACAAACUAGCGGUAAAGCUAUACCACAAUUGUCAUUUAGCCAUUGGGAGGUGAUCGAUUUGGAUCCAUUUUGGACACCAACAACGGAAGAAGAAUAUAAACUAUAUGGUGAAAAAGCAGACACUGAAAAUCGUGCAUUACGUUAUGUAAAUGCUGUACGACGACGUAAAGGUUUACAUGUGGAGGAAAAAAUUGUCGAACAUGCCGAAAAACAACGUACAUUGACUAAGAAUAAAUAGCUAAAAUAACCGGCUUUAUUUGGAUUCAUCUGGAUUUGAUCCAUAUAAUUUAUAAAUUCUCAGAAAAAUUCAUUAACAACAACAACAACAAAAUUGGAUCAAAUGGAAUUAUCAUUAAUUCUUCAUGAAUAAUGUAAUGUAACAAAAAAAAGAGAAGAAAAUUUGGUAUUAAAAAUUCCGGUGUUUUGAUCUAUCAA